AUGGAAAAUUACAAUCAGACCUCUACCGACUUCAUCCUCCUGGGCCUCUUCCCCCCAUCCAGCCUGGGCCUUUUCCUCUUCAUUCUCACAGUCCCCAUCUUCCUGAUGGCCCUGACUGGCAACCUCUGCAUGGUGCUGCUCAUCCUCCUGGACGCCCAGCUCCACACACCCAUGUACUUCCUGCUCAGUCAGCUCUCCCUCAUGGACCUCAUUUACAUCUGCACCACUGUGCCCAAGAUGGCUUCUGGUUUCCUAUUUGGAAAUAAGUCCAUCUCCUUCAUUGGGUGUGGGAUUCAGUGCUUCUUCUUUGCAACUUUAGCAGGUUCAGAAGGACUUAUCCUGAUGUCUAUGUCCUAUGACCGUUAUGUGGCUAUUUGCUUCCCUCUGCACUACCCCAUCCGCAUGAACAGAAGAGUGUGUGUGCUGAUGAUCCUGGGAUCCUGGGCCAUGGGUGCUGUGAACUCCUGUGCUCACACAGUCUACGUCCUCCACAUGCCUUACUGCAGGUCCAGGACAAUCAAUCACUUCUUCUGCCAUGUUCCAUCCAUGCUGACUCUGGCCUGUAGGGACACCAGGGUCUAUGAGUACACUGUGUUCAUUAGCACCAUUCUCUUUCUUGUGUUUCCUUUUCUGGGUAUUCUGUGUUCAUAUGUUAGGGUCCUUCUUGCUGUUUAUGGCAUACACUCACAGGAAGGCAGGAAAAAGGCCUAUUCCACCUGCAGCGCCCACCUCACUGUGGUGACUUUCUACUAUGCACCUUUUGCUUAUACUUAUCUCCGCCCAAAGUCCUUUCAAUCUCCUGAGGAGGACAAGGUUCUGGCUGUCUUCUACAUCUUCCUCACCCCAAUGCUCAACCCUGUGAUCUACAGCCUGAGGAACAAGGAAGUGCUGGGGGCCCUCGGAAGAGUGCCUCAGAAAAUCUACUCUGUGAAUACGUAG